AAUAGAUUUAGAGAGAGAGAGUCUUUGAGGGAUUUCCUCUCUCUCUCUCUCUCUCUCUCUAUAUCAGUCUCUGUGGAUGGACUUCCUUUCUUCAUCUUGAAACAACCUAGAGAGAGAGGAUAACACAAAAAUAAAAAGGGGAAAUAAAAAACUUUGUCAUCAAUGGCCUCUUUUGACAAAUCAUUCCCACAAAACCUCGUUUGAUUAUAUAUAUACACACAUACCAUUUGCACAAUUCCCCGUAAAAAUUUAACCAAAUUUCAGUUCAUUUGUUUCUGCUGGUCUUUUUCAGGUAGAGAGAGAGAGAGAGAGAGAGACAGAGGAGAGAAAACAGAGAUUUGUAACACAAGGCACAUUCAUAUUAAUGGUGGUUCGUAAAAGGAUACGCUGUUGCCUUUGCAUUCUCUGGGUCUGCCUCUUGACCUCUCUCUCUCGCCAAUCAAGAGCUUCUUCUUCUUCACCAUCAUCAUCAACACCAGCUUUCUUCAACCUCUCCCUCCCUCACCAGCACCCUUUCCCUGACGAUGUCGCUCUUGAUGUUCAAAGAAAACUCAACAAGUCUAUCUCGAGAAGACUUCUCCUCACAGACCCACAAUACGGCCAGUCUCCACCUUCAGUGACUCCCUCGUGCCUCACCGGAAACCCAAUCGACGACUGUUGGCGAUGCGAUCCUAAUUGGUCCGCGACUCGCAUGCGACUCGCCGACUGCUCCAUCGGAUUCGGCCGAGGAACACUCGGCGGCAAAGGCGGUCGAUUCUACGUCGUCACCGAUUCAUCCGACCGCGACGCCGCCAACCCAGUCCCCGGCACACUCCGACACGCCGUGAUCCAACCGGAGCCUCUCUGGAUCAUCUUCUCCGGCAACAUGCUCAUCAAACUCAGACACGAACUCAUCGUCUCCAGCUACAAGACAAUCGAUGGCCGCGGAGCCAACAUCCACAUCACGGGCCAUGGAUGCAUAACGAUCCAGCAGGUGUCUCAUGUCAUCAUCCACAAUGUCCAUAUCCACCACUGCAAACCCUCCGGCAACACAUUGAUCGCUUCCUCGCCGACACACGUCGGAUUCCGAGGAGUCUCCGACGGAGACGGCGUCUCGAUCUCGGCGUCGCAUCACAUCUGGAUUGACCAUUGUUCACUUGGGUACUGCACGGACGGGCUCAUCGACGCCAUCCUCGGUUCCACCGCCAUCACAAUCUCCAACAGUUACUUCUCUCACCACGACGAGGUCAUGCUCUUGGGGCACGACGACCGGUACUUGCCGGAUUCGGGAAUGCAGGUGACUAUAGCGUUCAACCAUUUCGGGGAGGCAUUGGUACAGCGGAUGCCGCGGUGCAGGCACGGCUACAUCCACGUGGUGAACAACGAUUUCACGGCGUGGGAAAUGUAUGCUAUCGGCGGCAGCGCAAACCCUACCAUUAAUAGUCAGGGUAAUCGCUAUACGGCCCCGGCCGAUCCUAAUGCCAAGGAGGUGACGAAGCGGGUGGACACGGACGAGAGAAAGUGGUCGGGAUGGAACUGGAGGACGGAGGGAGACAUGAUGGUGGACGGCGCGUUUUUCGUGCCGUCGGGGGAUGGUCUGGCCAACCAGUACGCCCGAGCCACUAGCCUCCACCCCCAGGCCGCCGCUCUCAUCGACCAACUCACCUUCAACGCCGGCGUCUUCGGCGAUCCCAGUGGGAGAAACGGCCAAGGUGUGGCAGUUCCCGGUUACACCGGCGAUGGAGGUACCGCAACCACCGGACGCAGCAAAGGCGGUCUCGGUGGCGGCGGUGGCGGCGGAGACAGCGACAGCGAUCCUUUCUCGAUGAUUUUCGGGAUCGGUGCAUCGUCACGACAUACUUCGAGUUCAAACCACUUGUUAUCGAAUCUUAUUAUUACUGUCAUAGUUUUGUAUGUUUUACACCAAGCAAGAUGAUGAUUUCAAUCUUGCUCAAGUGGGUACAAAGGAACCCGACAAAAAAGCGAAGAGAAUAUAGAGUCUCUAUAUAUAAUACAUAUAUAUAUAUACACACAUACACACAUCUUCAAGUUGUAGAAUGUAUCUUUGUUUGAUGGGUAGCAGCUUUUGGUCCAUGUUCACAGUUGGAGGAA